AUGCAUUCUUGGAUCGACCCCGAUGCUAGCGAAAGUGAUCUUGAUGCAUCUUUCGACGAAAGAAUUUCCGAUGCAAUUCCCAGCACUUGUGGAGGGCGUAGAAGAUCUGGAGUAAAAUCUAAUGCAACAAACAAUAAAUCUACACAAAACAAUAUAAGUCCAUUUCUUACACCUCCACGACCUGAACGUCAAGCAGUGCAACAGAAUCAGCCUAAAUUACAAUCAUCACGGAGUCGUCACACACACGACCCAAAUACAACUCCUCUUGCUACUAGACAAUCAGAAAAAUCACGUAGUAAUUUGGUAGCUGCACGCAGAUCUGCACAAUCGCCUGCUAGUAUAUAUUCUGAAGAUGAAUCAAUUCGCCAACACAGAUUAAAAAUUCAAAAUCAUCCAAAACCUGGAAAUGGUGCUACUAAACUGCAACAACUUGUUAACCUUCCAUUUCGUGCAGUUUUCGGGCGUGGAAGUCGAGUGGCUAGUUCUCGUGAGGUGGAAGUUCAAAGAGCUGGUUCUUCAUUUAAACCUAUGUCCACUCCUUUUGAUAAAGGUUUCGAAGCCGAACUGCCUUUGCAUGACUCACCCGAAAUCGAUCGUUUUCCAAAUGGUGUUAAUAGAAGUCAACAAACUUUGAAUGGUCUCCAACAAAGAGAAUAUCAGCAAACUGAGAUAACUGCACAGCAACAAACAAAUACGUUCCAACGAGAAUUUUCACAGAAUAUUCCCCUACGGCAUGAUAAAGAAAAUCAAACUGACGAUAUUCAAAUAGCUGCUGACUCACCAAUUUCUGACAAGUUCAAAAAACAAAAUAAAAAUUAUAUUUUUCACAACAACCGACUACAUUCGCCAUUUCAAAAUUCUUUGUUAAGUAAUAAAUAUGGGCCGUCAUCAACACUUCGUUAUUAUCGACCUUAUUCUUUACAACCACCGAUUGCUGUGACACCUAAACCGGAACAUUAUAGACGUCUUCACCUCGAUCAUCUUGCCAAACGAAUUCGUGAAGGCGAAUUAAAACGAGUUCAACUUAGUGCUCAAUUUAAGCUGUUUAAUGAAAGUACUCGACAGGAUUUAGAGGAGUGGGAACUUUUGAAUAAUCAAUUAAAAUUGGAUGCUCGUCGUCGUAACUUUGAGCAAAAUCUCCGAGAACAAGAAGAACGUGAAAGAAAUACAACAACAAAUAAUAGUCUUUCUACUCGUCCUGUUGCUGCACGUCCAUUAACUCCGGCACCUAUUUUAAGGAAGACACCAAUACCUAAAACAAAUGUGCCUCGUGUAUCCUUUACUUCACCGCCUAUUCGAUCGCCCAACAGAAAUGUAGUCCGAUCUCAAUCUCAAAGACCACCAGAAAAUCCCGAUACCAGAAAGGCAAAGAAGUACAUCGAAAAUAGAGGAAUUGAAGAGGAGGAUAGACGUGUUAAUUAUGUAAUUAAAUGGAAUUCAAAUCAAGAACAACUUAGAAAGGCAAAACGUGCAAAUCCGCGUAUCAAUCUCAAAUCCAAUCCAACUUCAGUAUUUCAAUAUAUUCCUGGAAAUUCUUCUACUCGUCGCUAA